GGAAAAACGUAGGAAAACUGGGAAAAUCGGUACAACAUUAAUAAUAAUUAACUAUAACAGUGGCUGUACCCGUCUUUAUUAUCCUAUGAUAUCUUUAUAAUGUAGAAUAAAAAGAUAACAAGGAGUCAAGAGGAUCUAUUUAUUUAUUUAUUUUUUUUAUGAACCUCGUAUACUUUUUCCAAUAAAUAGAUUUAGUUUGAAUAAAUAGGCACAUAUAUUUACAAGAAUUUGAACUCAAGUUCCGUCGAUCUAUUAUUAUUUGUCAAUAUUUAAGCGAUUUACGUAUAUCGACCAAAUUAAUUUGUUUCAUAUUAAUAUAGACAGGAUAUUGAUAUAAAUCGUAUUGACCGCAAUUUUACUUACUCCGUGCGAUGGAAAAAUCCCCCCCAAAAAAGAGUAGUUAUAAUGAUAUAUAUAUUAUACUAUACCUACAUAAUAUAUGAGGUUAGGUCGUUAGAAACCACCAAUAACUAGAUAAUAAAACAAUAUGUAUAUAAUAUUAUUAAACUAGCGUAAAUAUUAUCAUUAUUUUUUUUUUUUUUUUAUAGUUUUAUUUCGCGUGUGUAUGUGUGUGUGUGGGGGGGGGCACAACGUAACGUCUGUGAGUCGACUUUUUUGCAGACAGUUUACGAAGAAGUUGGUUGCGAACGUCAACGUGCCGAAUAUUACCUGCCAGCGUUUGGCCACGUUUCCGAGUUUCAUUUGCAAUAAUUUCCAUAUUUUAAUAAUAAUGAUAAUAUUGUAAUAUCAUUCCGAAUAAAAUACUGACGUUAUUAUUAGACCGGUUUAGUUACUCGCAUACAUAGGAAUCGUUCGUCUCUCGUCCGGCCGGUUCGUACCUAUCCGUAGUUGUUCGCCGCCCACGCGUCGCUGAAGAAACACGACGGAUAUUUUUGACAAUUCGCCAGGUCACCGGGUAUCAUCGUCUCUGCGCUUUUCGUUUUUGAGUAUCGCAGUCGUCGUAUAUACGAACGCGCAAGUAUGCACCUCCUAAUUAAUACUAUAUAAGUAAGUACGGGCGUAAAGGUAUAGGUAAUAUAACCACGAGUUUCAAAUGCGAAGUUGACAUUUUUCCAAAAGUAUAAAUGUAGAAAUCGAAGUCGUGUGCACGAAAAUAAACCCGCGGACUACGUACGUAAAUGCACGGUUCGAUUCUGACGAUUUUUUAUGCCGGUUAGGUAUUCGAACAUUUGCAUUUGCCCGAAAAUAAUUGUAAUUAUUAACACCAUCACCGUCGGUUACGAAUUAAUCUUAUGAUAAUGGUUCACUUAUUGUAAGAAUAAUAAUAUUCGGUCGACGUAAUUAUAAUUACGUUACUGUGUUACGAUGCGCGUGUUAUCGUUUUGUGAAGUUCGUAGAUCAUAGUACUCACAACAUUAAAUUAGAAAUGUAUUUUAGUAUUUAUCUUUAGUAGAAACAACAAAACUGUAUAUUAUACAGGGUGACUUUUUAGAUCGUCUAUACGAAGAUUUCGAGUAUAUACGAUUUUAUUAUUUUUAAACAUUUUUAGAUUCUGAGUGGAGCGAGGAGUUUAUUAAUUUUACAAUGAUGUUUAUUUUUUUUUUCUGUGAACAACUUUUCUACCAGAAAUUUUGUUUCGAUUUUAAAAUGUAGCGAAUGUACUUUUUCCGAAAGAAAAUCUGACUGGGGUGGUACUUAACGAGAUCAUUUUUUGAUUUUCCCAGGGGUUUUCAUAAUAAAUGGGGAAAAAGGAUAAAAUUUACGAAAUUUAUUAUUUUCAAAUCGUAAAUAUUACGGCCUUUCAAAACGUGUACAACCGAAUUUCGCUCAAACUUAUCAUCUUUCAUUAAUAAUCAAUAAUCUUAGAGUACAGAUGUACAUUAAAUCUCCCCUCUACUUUCCAACUUCUCGCCUACAACGGCGGUACCUAUCGUGUGAAAUAUGUCCGUUCGUUUUUUUUUUUUUUUAUAUAGAAUCAUUUAUAACGAUUGUUUGAAUUCGCUUAUAAAACGGCCACAUGUUCAUGUGUGAAAUGAAUCUUUAGAUCGAUAGGUAUUAUUUUUUCUUUCAUAGGUAAGUUUCAAAUUAGGCGGAUUUAGGGUGGCUUAAGAAUGUUUUUGAGCUAUGUAGAGAUUUAGUUCCUAAAAUACACUUCUUAUAAGUAGUUAUUUAAAUAUUCGUAUGAAUUUAUUUUCAGGGGCGUAGCUAGGAUUUUUUUUUUGGGUAGGCAAACUAUAAACCUUGUAGUCUUAUAUAUACUUAUAGACGGAAAUGCAUACUUAUCCCAAUUUUUGAAUUAACCUAUCAUAAUUUCAAAGUUAUCAAUGAUUAUUCUUAUUAAUAAUUAAUAACUUAAAACAAAUUGAACCAAAAAUAAAUAGAUAAUUUUAAAAGAAAUAAUUAUUAUUUAUCUGAAUACAAGAGAGUUUUACAAAAUGAAAUUAUAAUUACUAUGCUAGGUAACUUCUAAUAGGUAUACGUAUUGUCCAUUUAUAAAAUACUUUCAAAGUAAGAAUUCCAAUCAUUUUUUCUUUAUGAUGGCAAACUCGUCAAUAUUAUCCAAUGGAUUAUCCAUAAAUUGUCCACUUAUUUCCCUUUCUAUGGAAAGUUACGUCAAAUCAUUUAGCCUAGAACUUUCCUCUGAAGCACCAGAUACAGGAAUUACAAUUAUAAGUUCAACUACUUCUUAUAAUACUUUAAAUCCAACUGGAUAACUUUGUAAUUGGUAAAAAAAUUCAAUAAAACCAGAACUAGAUGACAAUAAUGUCUUACACAAUGCAAAUUGAAAUUUUAAUUUAUUAAGAAAAUUAUAUAAUAAUAGAAAUUAUAAAAGGAAAUAGUUUUUGCAAAAUGAUACAAUUUUAUUUUUCACAGUCUCCGGUUAUUUAGACAUCUAAUUUUUGUUCUAAUAUUGUUGUAAAUAAGAGUAUAUUAUUUUAUAUAUUAUUGUUUUUUAUAUAUAUAUAGAAAAUCUGGGUGGGCCCGGGCGGCUACAACACGUUUGGCCGUUUUAACUCAAAUUGCGACACGUUUGGGUACACAAUCACAGUAGCGCGUUGAACUCGUUUUUGGUGGGGAGCAAAAAUGUAUACAAGGUACCCAUCUACCCCACUUGUACAUCCUAACAAAAUUUCCGCUACAGCGAAAAACAAAAUAUUUAAAAAAUACACGUAUGUUCGUAGAGAUUUGUAUUAUCGGACGUGCAUAUUUAAUUAGUUAAAUUAUUACACUCGUUAUCUUGUAUCUCGAUUUGUAUUGUAGCGUAUGCAGAUUUAAUAAUGUAUAAAAUAUUGUUGGCAGUGGGGAGGCCAAGUAUUCUGUAUUAUUAUUAUUAUUAUUAUAAUUAAUAUUAUGCGGUUAUAAUCAUUCGCGAUCGUUGAGCAAAUUUGUAGAAACCAACCACCAGCUUAUCUGUGUUUUCCUAAUAAUACAUUGUAACCGACCGACGACGACCGUCUGCGUCGACGGCUGAUGUUUUCGGCUCACUUAUUUACUAAAAAGUGUUACAUUUUUGAACUACAAUUAACAGGUUUUACGAUGUAGAGACGUUGAGUGUAGGACGUACGUUACACAAUUAAGACAUAUAUUCGUUUACGUAGUGUAUUUCUAUUUUCUAUGAUAUACCUAGUCACCAAUGUGGCUAGGCAAUUUGUGGCAGGGGGACGACCCACCCACCAAAAAUUUUAAAGGAGCAAUUGCUCCGAAAUAAUACGUUCAACACGCCAAUGCACAAUCACAACACGUUCGGGCACUAUAUAGUUUAUGUGUGCACCAUAUAGUAAGUAGUGAAUAAAUAUAUGUAUACUAUACAUUGUUUAGGUUUUUAUACGUAUUUUUGAAUGCACAAUUUUACUAUCCACAUCUGAACAUACACCAUGUAGUAGACGAUGUUUUUUAACAUUCAGGCAGAAACUGCAUUAAUCAAAAAUAGCGUAAACAAAUAUCAAUUCAAUUGCAUUAGAAAAGAGUCUGUACUCAAAACUCAAUAUAUAACUGAUAACUGGAAUAUUUAUGAAAAAGGAGACAUAACGUUAAUUCAAUGUUUAAAAAUUAUGGGAACUCGAAAUCGAGGAAAUAUAAUAUAAUUAUUACAAUCAUAUACAUAUAUCAGAGGUAGACAAUAGGCCAGAUCCGACCCACGGAGAAAAAAUAAACGGAACGCCAACAAUUUUUAAUUUAACGUUGGUUUUUUUUUUCGUUUUCAUUAUUUGUCACUGUGUAGAUCCAGAAUAUCCAAUCGUCCGAACGUAAUCUAUACCCACACAGCAUUUGUCAAUCAUAACGAUUGUACUAAUGUUAACAAUGGUUGGAAUUUAAAUAUUUGAAAUUAAAACUUUAUCUUCCAUUGAAUAAUUAUUUAAUAUUUGAUGUUGUAAUUGAGAUAUUGAAUAAAAAUUAAUGAACAUUAGAAAAGUAAUAUUUAAAUGUUAACACAAAUUUUUAGUUUGAUUCAUUUUAAAAUUUACCAAGAUUAAUAAUUUUUAAUGUUUUAAAACCAAACAUUCAUUCGAUAUUUAUAUUAAACAUUUGAUUUUAAUUUCGUGAACAUUGAAAAUUAAAUGUUUGAUAUUCAAUCGAAGUAAAUGGUUUAAUUAAGAUUCAAAAUAAUUUUAAAUUAAAUAUUAAUAAAUAAUAAUUAAUAUCUAUAUAAUAUGCAAUUAUAAAUAUAUAGUAUUAUUGAAUUCAAAUUAUUAUUAUAAGCACUUCAUUGAUUAAUAACUAAUGAAGAAUAUGUUUAAAUUAACAUGGUACAUAAACCAAUAUAUUAUUUUGCCCUACUUAUUAUUAUUAUAAUUUAUGUGGCGUACUGGUAAAAUUUCAUGAACCCUACGUUUAAAAAUAAUUGUUACCUAUUGUAAUAUUGUGUAUUGUGGAUACCAUAGUAUCCAACAGUGUUAUACAGUGAAAUGCAGUGUUUUGUUUAAGUAUUUGUUUUGUUCGUUUUGGUUAUAAUUAUAGUUAUUGUUGGAAAACGUCUGCAUAUGCACGCGAUUAUACCCAGUUAUUGUUGUUAUCAUAAUCGCUAUCGCUAUCGGCUUUCGAUAUAUUAAUUUUAUUAUUAUCCGAGAGUCGCGACUUGAAAAUCUCAAUUCUAUUUCCCAUUUUCUAAUACACGUUUUUGUUGCAUUUGUACCUAUAUUAUACUGAAUAUACUAGUACUCUACAUUUUUUUACAGUUCGCCGCAGUCUAUUGCCUAUUUAGUAAGUAUUAACUGUAUCUACAAACAAUUUUUUAUUGUGUUUCCGCUGUCUAGUGCGAUUUUAUAAUACCCGUUUGAUUGUAAUUAAUGUGUGAUUAUAUUAUUUUAUGAUUCGCGUUUCUCUCUAUAGUAAAAAUAUAGUCAUAUUAUAUAGUAAUAAAUUAUAUACAUCAUAUGUUAUUGUAUUAAAAUUAUACUACACACUUAUAUUAUACUAGCACCUACUUACGCACUAUAACACUACACACUAUGUCUACUUAAAUAUUACAGCUAGACGUGAGUAUUGACAUAUUCUAUUAAUUAGCAUUAUUUGAUUAUUAUAAUAUAAUUAUUGUAUUAAAUAGAUAAAUUAAUAAUUGCAUAAAAAAAAAUAAUAAUAAUAAUAAUAUGGGUAUAUAGGGUAAACUAUUCUAAGCACGUUGAUGAUUGUUGUGUUUAAUAUAAUAUUUGAUAGUAUAUUACAUUUAUUUUUUUUUUGUAUUGUAGAUUAAUCAAUUAACAUAUUAUAUCGGAGAAAAACACCUUAAGGCUAUGAUUAAAAGGAUAAUAGGAAAACUUUUUACUGAUGAACUAUUAAAAACAUUUUCCUAUUCGGAAAAAAAAGGAAAAAAUUAAUUCUCAGACCAAGUGAUUUGUUCAAUUAUUUUGGGUAAGAUAAAUAUUUAUUUAUAUUGGUUUUGCUUUAAAUAAUUUUUUAAAGUUGCUUACCUACUUUUGAUGUACAGUUUUUAUUUUUGAUACUUUGGGGAAACAAGCUAGUUUAAGUGUAAAUGUAAUAAUUAUAAAUACACAACAUAUGUUUUUUUGUCGUUAAACAAAAUUUAAUAGUACUAAUAUUAAUAAAUUCAACAUAUUACUAUAGAUCCUAAACAUUAUUUAUUGAAUGCAGUUAAAAAACAAUCAAAGUUUAAACACGUUACACAGAAUGAAAUUAAAGAAAUAGUAAAGUAUGUCCUUCCUCGAGCUCCUUUCAACAUAAAUAAUAAUUAUUUUAACAUGAAUAAUCAUAUAAUAUUGUUAAUAUGGUAAACCAAACAUGGCUGUGUUUUUUUUCCAUCUUGUUUAAAUUAUUACAAUAUGAACAAUAAGUUUAAUUUUUGUUUUUUUUUUUAUAGCUAUUCAUGUCAUUUCUUUAAAUAAAUUUAAAAAAAUGAAUAUUUAUUUAUUUGUGAAAUAUAUAUUAUUUUGAAUUUUCUUUUAUUAGUUUUAUUGUUUAUUUUAGUAUUAAGUAAUAUUGUUAAGUAAUAUUUGUAAUUUAUCUUUGACAGUUAUUCAUUAAAUAUUUUGUAUUUAAUAAAUAUUGUACAUUAAUUAUUUAAUUCAUAAAUACAAGGGUUCAGCCAAUAAUCGCUACACAUUGUAUAAAUAUUUAUAAACAUACUGACAACGAAAAUACAAUAUUAAAUAAUUCAAUUUUAUUUAAAAUAUUAAGUAAAUAUUUAUUACAAAUUAUUGCGCUGUGUGGAUAUAAUAUAUUUAUUAUGUAUUUGGUGUGUUAUUAAAUAAUUGUAUACAUUUUAUACUAUAAAAUAAUUCAAUAAUAUUAUAAUAAUAAUUGUGUUUUAAUAAAAAAAUAAAUACAUUUAUUAACUCAUAAAUUUAUGUUUUUUUUUUUUUUUUGGAGGUGUUAAAUAAUACGGAACACUGAAUAGGUAUAGUGGUUGAACUUUUUUUUUUUGCUCAACCAUAAAUAUAUAUGGCUAUGAUACUCGAAAACUUUUUUAAAUUAUCAGGCCCCCUCUUAGAAACUAAUUGCCGACCACUUAUAUACAUAUAAAUACAAAUUAUUUAAUUUAACCCGAGUAUAUAGGUACUCAUGUAUUUUAUAUAACUAGGUAUAUUAUUUUGGAUUAGUAUACAAAUUUGAUUUAACACGAGUUAUUUUAUUUAUAUGUUUAUAUUUGUGUAAUUUGUAUAUAGUUUAUUUACUUCUUUAGCAAUAGUAUAUACUUUUUUUAUUUUAAUGUCCAAACGUGCUACGUUUUUAUGGAUAUUAAAUGCUCAAACGUUGUGUGGAUUUUAAAUACUGAACAGGUAAAAACGCCCAAACGUGCUGCACCGACCCGGGCCUACCAGGCCUACCUACUGGCUACACCGUUGUUUAUUUUAACAAUACUUCAUAAAAUGUGUGGACAUUUUUAUUUUAAUCAAUUCUCGACAGUGAAAAAACUAUAUACAAAUAGUUUUAUUAUAGAUUAAACAUACAUGUUAACUAUAUACAUAUGUGGGCCAUAGAUAGAAAAGGUUUGAAGCGCAAAACAUGAAUGAUUUCGUUAACGGGUAGGGUCAAAUUGGUCAAAAUGCCAGUACCCCAUUCCAAAUAUGUAACCAAAUAUCCGAUUGCGUCGCUCUUAUAGUGAUUUAGUUAAUUCGAAUAUAAGUAACACGUCUUAUUAUUGCCAGCUUUUUUUGUGUUUACAUAGUAACAAUGUAUGUUUAAAUGCAUUUACAUAUAUAAUAAUACGUAAAGUCAUCGAGAGAAAAUCGUUUAGAAAAAAAAAAACGCAUAACUGUUAUAAUAGAUGAGCCGAUAAUUACGAUUGUGCAUUUCAAAACUAAUAUAGACAUAUACUUACGUUAAUUAUGCGUGUCCAACGAGUGUAAAUUAAACACUUAAAAAACAUAUUAUACGAUAAAUGUCCGAUUGCCAUCGACUCCAUCGUUCACGUACGUAAUUGUUUUUUCCGUGUCUAUUUACAAUCAUUUAUUUUUAUUUUUCGUUUGCGGUAUGGAUAUUUAAACGAAAAUAUUAUAAAAUAUGACUGCGGGUUACUAAAAUAUUAUGUAGGUAUAUAAUAUCGCUGGUCAAUAAAUUUUUGUACAUUGUACCGACGUGAUCGUACACGGAAUAAAUUUAAAAUUAAGUAUAGUUAAAAAAAAAAAAACCCUGGACUUAGACAUACUUGAUUUGAAUAUACGUAUUAUAUAGGCGAGACGUUGAAAUAUGAUUUAAUGUUUAAAUAACGACUUUGAGAGUGGAGCUGGAUAAAUUAUGUUUUUUUUUUUUUUUUUAACUUUGUAUGAAAUAAUUUUUUCCGGUUUUUCCAAUUAUUAAGGAAAUUUAUUGGGAAAUUCAAAAUUGACUUUCAUACCCAUCAAUCCAUCAAAAUAAAAAUACUAAACAUUUUUUAAAAAAUGACCCACCCAACGCAUUUAAAUGUUAUCAGGCUAACUCAUGUUGCGUCCACAAUGCUAUACGUUUUUUUAUUAUUCAAACAAUUUGUUCAUAAUUGUGUGUGUGUCUGUGUGUGAUUGCAGGAGUAAAAACGUCAAUUUAAGUUAUUUUAAUGAUUGAAUACAACAAUAAGGAUAUUGAGAAAAAUGAACAGAAUCCAGUGGAUUUUGAGACAGCAAUUAAACAUACAGGUAAUAUCAUAAAAUUAUUACCCAUCAAAUGUAUGUAUAUACUGUAUGGUAUCCGGUGAAUUGAUCGCAGCUGCAAAUUGGUUGCCAAAAAAAAAAAAAAAUAAUUUUGUAGGUAUUGAUUUAUAUAGACUUUUCUAGUUUAUACUACAUAAUUAUUAAAUACAAUAGUAAUAAUAAAUUUAAUAAAAUUGAAUAAUUUAUUGUUUCUAACUUAAUUUAUCCACUAAAUUAUUACGAAAAAAAAAAUAUUAUAAUAUAAUACACAAAGUAUGAAAUAUAUAAAAAUUAAACAAAAUACAAACAUUUUACUACUAAUUUGUCAUAUUGUAUAAUUAUAUGUAUGUGUAUAUUCUGCAUUUUUAAAAAAAUGGAAGUUAAUAAUUCAAAAAAAUGUACAAGUUAAUCCUGUGUCAUUAUCGCUACACAAUUAUUGAUAUCUGACCAUAGUAUAUGAAAUUCGUUCCAAAUAGAAAAAAUAUAUUCUUUUAAGUAACUUUAAGAGUAUAAAACACAGAAUAAUGAAUGAAAAAAUGCUUAUACCGCUGACGGAUAUGACAUUUUUGUAGUUGGAAAGUUGGGAAAAUAGAAUAUAUACAGUAAUUUAAUUUAUAUCUUUGAACAAAAAUAAACCAUAGCAGACAAAAAACAAUGCUGAGAGAAGUUCAGUUAAAAUAUUCAAAUAACACUUAACAUAUUUAGACAAUACUUUAUGAUUUGCAUAAUAAUAUUAAUUUUAAACACAUAUAAAAAUAAAUUAUUGCAUAUCACACUCAAUACAUUUUUUACCACUUACAAUUUAUAGUGAAUUAAGUCGUGUUAAAUUUUCGAGCAUUUACGCUGGCUAAAAUAACUUUUGUCACGUAUCAAAUAAAAACUUUUAAGUAAAAUGGCUUUAAAUAACUCAAAAUCCACUAGAGUAUAUUGUUAAGUUUACCAUGUCUAGAAAGGACAAAAGGUGGAUUAUAGUUAUAUAUUAGGAUAAUAUACACGAACCGAAAUUUAUUUAUAUACUCGUAUUAAAUCGGUUUAUCUCAUGUUUUUUUUUUUUUUAGGAUACGGCUGGUACAAUCAAAAAAUGCUCGCGUGUUUCUUGCCGAUAUCGCUGACGACGAUAAUGUGCACGGCUUCGCCGUCGUUUAUAGUGCCCGCCACUAGAUGUUACUUUCAGUUGACGCCACUCAAGGAAGGAAUGAUGUUUGGCGCUUUUUAUGUAGGUCAGUUUUCGGAUGGAUUUUAUUAAUUUAUCCGGCACAAUAAUGGCGCAACAUGUCAGAUUUUCAAGCAACUGUAACUUUUAAAAAGUUUAAAAAAAAAAAAAAAAAAAUAUAGAAACGCUACAUGGUGUUACAUGUUGUGAAUAAUCGUAUAAUAAUCAAUAUGAUGUUUUUAUCGAUAAAUAUUUAUUGUUCUGUACGCAGGUAUGAUGUUGAGUUCGUUUUUAUGGGGUUUCCUCAUUGACACUUUGGGCAGACAGAAACUAUUUUUUUAUGGAUUACUUUUUACGGCGAUUUUGGAGUUUUGUUCAGGACUCGCCCAACAGUUUUGGUCGUUCAUAUUUCUCAAGAUUUUGUGUGGAUUCAUGUAAGUAAAAAUAUAUUAAUGAAGAUUAUUAUUUUAUACAAAAUUAUUAUUACAUACGUUUAGCAACUCGUAUUUAUAUUAUACCUGUGCUGUGUAAUUUUAUUAAUCUAAUAAUACACGAAAUUAUUAAACCACAAUUUUCUGACAUUUUUUUGUCGUAAAAAACUUAAAACGUAAUACAUAUUAAAAAAUUCGUAAAAGUUGUAGGACUUGAUUUAUCAUAUGGAAUAAAACAGUUCAGGCUUCGUAAAAUAGUUCACAUUUAUACCUCGAACAUUUCGUGUCAACUAAAUCGGAUUUAUACAAUAUCAUCUCGUAUUCUAUUGCAGAUCGUGUUGCCCAAAUUCACUGGGGUUCACGUUUUUAUCAGAGUUCUACGACAAGCAACAUCGAGACACGAUCGUGUUGUGCGCCGGAGGAUUCGCGGCAAUCUCAUUCGUGGUUCAGCCAAGUAAGUUUACUCUGUGUCAUGUCUGGUACCCAGUGCCAGGAAAAUGUAUGUAUUGAUGAGGGAAAAAAAGCAAAACCUGUCCUUUGGACGUUUACUUAUACGUUCAGUUACAGAACUUUUAAAAUUUUUAUUGGUGCCCCUGUGGGUACGCCCGGUGCGUGGGUACCUAUGACAUCCCCCUAGAUACGGUCCUGAAUAUACAGGAUAAUCUUUUAAGGAUGCGCAUCUUACUAUUAUGAUUAAAUUAUAUCAAAAUUAAAUUUCACAAUUUUUGAAUUUUUGAGUGCAGCGAAAGAAGAUCGUUUCGCAUUUUUCCUGCGUAUCCUGUGGCGAUACCAACUUUAGUUCUUCAAAAGAGAACCUAUUCGUUUUAAAGUAAAUUAUCUGAAAACGUUAAUGUAUUAUAAUCGAAAUUCGAACGAAAAGUGUCGGAGUUAUUCUGCUUUAAAUACUAUAAGGAUAAUAUAGCAUUAUAAUAUGGAGAUUGGAUACCGACUGUAUCAUAGAAUUUGUGUGUACGCGAUUUCUUGUUAUAAUUCGUGCAGUUAUCAAAUCCGGUUUAUGCUGUUAUCUUUUAGUAUUUAAAAUAGAAUAAGUCAGAAACUUUUCGUUCAAAUUUCGAUUACAAUACGUCAGAAUUUUGAGAAAAAUUGGAAAUUCGAACUAAAAAUGUAGAUUCUCAUUUUGAAAAAUCAAUGUUGAUAUUACCCAGUAUACUCCUUAAAAGUUGUGUAAAUUCUAAGUGUUCAAAAAUAUUUUCUUACACAAAGUGUUCGGACGAGUAUCUACACUUAAAAAUCCACAAGUCGGAAUUUAGAUUUAUGUAUAACUUAACCAUGGAUAUGGUGUAAGCACCAUUAAAAAGUCGUCCUAUAUACGGGUAGCUAAUUUUAUAAACGGUUUUUAAAACGAUUCAAUAUACUAUUUAUUUUUAUUUUUUUUUUACAGUUUUAGCGUACGUAUUGAUUCCCUUGGACAUAGAUUUUGAAUUUUUUUAUGGAUUUAUAGCGAUCAGCAAUUGGAGAAUAUUUAUAAUCGCCGGUUCAGGGAUUAUGUUCCUAUCAACGUACUUGACUUAUUUUAUGGACGAAAGUCCGAAAUUCUUAAUGGCCGUCGGCCGACAUAAGGAAGCGUUGCACGUGUUCCGAAAAAUGUACUCUCAAAACACAGGCAACCCGCCACAGUCUUAUCCCGUAAAUAUGCUUUACCUAUAUAAUAUGUUAAACGAAUAUAAUAACUAAUUUGGAUUCUUAAAUAUUAUUUAAGUUAACCUCUUUAGCGUCGGAAGUAAUGUCGGAAGAUCGAUGCAUAAAAUCGAUGCCGUCGGAAUUAUUCGCUUGGGAUUUCGUGAAGGAAGGGUGGUCACAAAUAAAACCAUUGUUUAUGAAACCGUAUCUAACCCUAACCAUUUUGGGAUCCAUAUUGCAAUUUAUGACAAUGUUGAUGUAAGUUGAAUACUAUAAAAUAAUUUUGAAGUUAUUAUACAGGAUGCGAUGUAAUGGGGACUUCUAUAUUUCUGAGGUGAGUUCUUAAAUAACGGUACAAGACAUGAAAAAAAAAACUUAACUGGAAGUUUAUAUAAUAAGGUUUCUUUUUUCAACUUAAGGUUUAAAAAUUAUAUUUUUAAAAUGUUUGCCUUGACGGUUGACACACAUCUGGUUCCGCUCCUGGAAAUUUUUCUUUACUAUUCUCUUUAAAAUGUGCUACUCAAUCUCCCGUGACACACUCCUUUUUGUAAUUUACCUCAAGCAUAUGGAAGUUCGUUAAGCCACACCUUGUACUUAGUUCGUCCGUUUAGAUCGCCACCGUCGAUUAAAAUAACUUUUGAUUUUUCUGUAAUGGGCUGAUUCCGUUUUAUGCAUAGUACUAUUAUAGUAGACAUUUAUUAUAGAUCCAGAUAGUUUUUCAAGAGGGUUAUUUGAGAAUCAGAAGUUGAUAUUACAAGCCGUAUUUACGGAGUACCGCAUAAGGGUAAAGUUCUGAACAAUCUGAACUUCUUUUAAAUAUGAAACAAUUAAACGAUUCCAUCAUAGUCACCGGAAAAACCAAAAUCAGGUUUAUUCGUCAUUUUCAUAUAGAUAAUCGCUAAAUCGUGAAUAAAAUAUUCUGUAUGCGUGCCUAUACAGUAGUUUUGUAAUCGGGCGAGUUUUCAAAGAUACCUGACCGAAUAAUAUUAAACUAAUAUGACCGAUUUUUAAGGUUCACCACUUUUCGUUUCAAACUACCGAAAAUGUACGCGACCAUUCUAGCUGCCGAAGGCUUGCUGAUGAGCAAUGCUGAAACGAACGUCAUUUCGGACUGCUCAGAAAACGUACCUAUAUUCACUAUCGUUAUACCUAUCUAACAUUAUAAUUUUAAAUUAAUAAUUUUUUUUGUUUUACGAGACCGAUAUUAUAACUAUAUUUCAGGUUUCCGUUUUAGUUAAUCCAGAUGUCUACGUGAAAAAUAUUUACAUCGGAGCGGGAUCGUUAAUUUUAUUUUGGCUCGCUGUAUACAGUUCGCAAUACGUCGAUAAACAUUACAUGUUCCGUAAGUGUACAUAUAUGUAAUCAAUAUUCGUCUUAUUGAGUUACUCAUUUUCAAUAAAUUAUACAAUUAUUGAAUAUAGUACAAUACAGUGAAAAAGUAAAGCAGCCGAUUGAUGGCGUUUAACCAAAAAAAACCAAAUACAAUAGUGACGAAUGGCCUAACUGCAAGGUUGCGAAAAAUUAAUGGUUGCAAUUAAUUUUUCUUUCGAUACUCUAGCGGCGUUCUGUUGUCGGCUAUGAAUUUUAAUUAAAUUACGAGUAUACUAUAUAAAGUUCUAACCAAUUUUUUUAUCAAUGAUUAUUAUUUCCUUUCACGAUACAAUUUUUUUGAAACGCGAAGAAAAAAUGUUUUCGUCGAUGAUGUGCGUUUUGUUUGAAAACAACACAUCGACUCAAAAAUGCUUCACUGACGAUAUACCAACCGCCAUUUUAUAGUCUUAAAUUAUUUAAUUUGUAGUAAAUUAAUUUUGUUUUUAGUGAUUUUGAACAUAAUAUGUGGAUUUGGUAUCGGAGUAUUCCCUUGGACCGACGGGAUCAUAAAAUUAAUUAUAGCGACUGCUUACGUAGGCAUAACAUUCGUAAACGUGAGUCUUGUGAUCAGCAUGUCGAUUUCGGCCGUUCCUACUACAUUAAGGUAACUUGGUACAUUCAGCGUUGUGAAAAUUGAUACAAGUAUCUUAAAUACAUAUUACAGAUAUAAUAAUUGUAUUUAUUAUCAAGUAUCUUGUAUUGCGAUACUUUAAUCAAUGUAAGUAUCUAGAUACUCAUUUUAAAAUAUAUUGUCUAUACGAGCACCUGAAGAUGGCAAGUUGGCCCACUCCCCCUGGCUUUUCGAAAAAAAAAAAAAAAAAAAAAAAUUGAAAAUGGGGAAAUUAUUGGGAAUUUCGAAAAUGUUUCAAAUAAAUAAUUACCGUAUUUUUUAAGAUACGUUUUUAUACAUUUAGAGAAGCUAGUGGAUGCAAUAUCAGCACUAUUUAAUUUCACAUCUUAUAAAAAAAAAGAGCCGAUAAAUAUGCUACUGUUAUAAGUGGAAAGUAGGAAAAGUAGGAUCUUCGUCAUUAGUUUUUAUAAGCCAUUAAGGUCUAUCAUUGUUUUACACAACCACCUCCAAUUCUCAAUAUCAUUUGACAAUUCCUUCUGGUUAUCAACCCCAGGUAUACGGAAGUUCUGGUUGGAUUUGUCUAUUUACUUUUUUUUCGACCAGCUCAGUGAUCUCUUUCCUUCUGGUUUCCAGUUCAGUGCAUCUUUCAUUAUGGUAUACGUGUUUCAGUCAGCUCAUUUUUCUUCCUUUAAGUUAAUUGUAAUUAAAUACAUUAUUCGUAAUACUCAAAAUCUAAAUAUAAUAAUAUUUAUAAACGAUUCAUUAUUUUACAGAAACGUAGCGUUUAGCGUCAUUAUAAUGUUCGGUAUAAUCGGAACGAUUUUAGGAAAUUUAGUCAUGCCAGUGUUGGCUGAAGAAAACGGUGAAUUGUCACUUAUGGUUAAUGUAGUUUUUCAUUCGGGUGAGUGUAUAACGAUUAUUUUAAUAUUAUGUUACAUUGGUAAAUUCAUUUUUUUUGGGGGGAAAUUUUCAGCUUGUCUGAUUGUAGUUGCGGUGUUGAUCAAAAUCAAAAAGAAAAUUCUAGACAGUCAUUAGUUAUUCAAUAUUAAUACAGAAAGAAAAAAAAGAAAAUGUUUUACUAUUACAUAAAACAAAAAUGUACCUAUAUAUUAAAAUAAAAGUAAAUUAUUGUUUGGGGGUGGUUUUUUUAUCCAAGCACAUCGAAAGGUCAAGGAGUUGAAACUGAUUGUUUCUUUUUCAUCAUUUUACUUGAACAUAAGGAUCCUGACAAGAACAUUUAUGAAUUAAUUCGUUUUCUAGAAAAUGCUUAUAUUAGUAAUACCCGGUGAAAAUAUCUAUAAUUUGUUUGUUUCUCAUCGAAUUAUACAAUAAAAUCAAUUUGAAUAAAAACCAAAUUUUCGUAUAAAAAUACCCUCCGAUAAUUUUAAAAAAAAUAUAAGAAGUUUUGAAAAAUGAUCUAUUAUAUAUCAUAAUAUAAUGUUUUUUAUCAAUUAAAUCACUUUUUAUGUAUUUUACCUAACCAAAGUCCCACUAUCAAUAGUGCGAUACCUAUGUUGUGAAGUAUACAUUUUUUUUUUUAACUAUUUGAAUUAUUUUUCUCAUAUAUUAAACGUAUACCUAUAUCCUAUAGAUUUACAGUAUAUCAUGUAUACCCAUAUUUUACAAUAAUUAUUAUAAUUAAAUAAUAUUUAUAGUCGAGUAAAGCGAUAAGUAAUUAUAUGAUUUGUACACAAAAAGUUCUUAAUAAAAAAGAGGAAUAUCAAAUAACUUGUCUAAAACAAACAAAAUAAAAAUACUAUGGCACACGACUGUUGCAUUUUUUAUUUUUUUUUCGUGGUUGAAAAUACGAUAAUAUUUCGUCCAGGGAUCUUCCUUUGGUCUCCGGUAAAAUUAAUUGGGUGCACAGUGCGGUUAACAAACAGGAAAUUGCGAAUACGGUCCAAACAUUUUCUGUCCCAAAUCUCCACACCAACGACGGAUAAAUUUUGACCAUUACGAACCACAAAACGUAUCCCCAAGUGUUCAUGACUCCACUCAUUGUUCCUGAAAAUUGAUUUUCAAAACAUUUAAAUUCAAUCGUUUUGAGGAAUAUGACGUAAUCGUAGUACCUAAUAUAGUUUUGUGGUG